ACGCGUUCAUUUAACGCUUGCGACAAUGCAUGUAUUGUUUUUUGGUGAUCAAUAUAUUUGUAAAUGGUGAAAAUACUAUGGUAAAACGGUUAUGUUCACCAAGACAAACUUCUCCAUGAGAAAAGAUAAGCUUCACACAUUGAUUUUUGAAAAAAAAAUCGUUCCGUUAUAUAAAAAGCAACCGUGAAGUUUGGAGAGGAUGAGAGCAUACCAAAAAGGGUCCAAGCUAUAACUGAAAGCAUGGUCAGAUGUAAGCGCGAUUACUUACGUGUUGCUGCAGUAUGUGUAGGAGCCCUAUAUUUGAUCUAUAUAUUUGGGAUGUUGGAGAAAACUUCAAGAAUAGUCCGCACUGAUGCUAAGGAUUUAAACGGGACAAGUAAUACAUCCUUGCACAUCUGUCCGAUGAUUUCGCCAUAUCUUAAGGGGCUUAGAAAAUUAAACCUGGAUUCAUGUGUCAUGGAUGAGUGCAAAAUCGGUGACAAACAUAGAAACAUCGCAUUGGAAAACUGCAAUAUGGGGUAUUGCUCAAACUUAGACUGUAAAAUUGCGAGCUGUUCCGGCGAAAUUGGAUCGCCUUCAGUAACAUACACAAAUCAAAGCAAACAUAACAUCACAGAGUGUGAAGUAACUGACAUUUCUUUCUCUGGGCACCAUCAUGCAUUAUUGGGCCAAUUUGGAGGACACUGGAAACCGUCACAUUGUCAGCCAUUACGCCGUAUAGCUAUUAUCAUUCCGUUCAGGGAUCGUCAUGAAAACCUCUGCGUUCUCUUGAAGAAUCUGAUACCAGUUCUUACUGCACAAUUAAAUGAAUUCAGAAUUUUUGUCGUUGAGCAGGUCGAUGAAAGUAGUUUUAACAAAGGAAGGCUAAUGAACAUUGGGUUUUUGGAAGCAACGAAGAUGUUUAAUUUUGAUUGCGUCAUUUUCCAUGACGUAGAUCUGUUACCAGAGAAUGACCAGAAUAUAUACCAAUGUACUGACCAACCGCGCCACCUGUCGGUGGCAGUAGAUACUCACAACUACAAGCUGAUGUACCAGUACUUGGUAGGAGGGGUACUAGCAUUCAGACCCAGACACUUCCGUCUCGUUAAUGGCUACUCCAAUGAGUUCUGGGGCUGGGGAGGAGAGGAUGACGACAUGGCGGUCAGAAUUGUUUAUUCUGGACUGAAGAUAACACGCCCAUCUGCUGAAACUGCCCGAUAUACCAUGGCUAACCAUACGAGAAGUAAAAAGUGGGCUAAAAGAUAUAUUCUUUUACGGAAAUCAAAGGAAAGAAUGAGAACUGAUGGACUUAAAAACGUGCCUUAUCAUAUAGUCUCUGUUCAUCUGUAUACAUUUUAUACCAAAUUUGAAGUCUUGUUUAAUAGGUCGAAAUCUUAACUAUAUAUUUAAUUGCACAAUCAGAACUGAGUGUCUCUACAUAAAAUUGUGAAAUCUG